AUGGAACACUGGGCAAGUCAAUUUGUGGAGCCAACGAUUAGAACAAACAACGACAAUACAAAGCCGUGGAACAAAGAUAUGAGCUAUCUCCGCGCAUCACCUCCAAAGCAAAUUAGAGCCCCGGCCACUGAACAACGAGAUGAACCAGCAGCAUACGAUGUUCCAAACGAUAUUCCGAGCCUGUCACAAUCGACUUCCUCCUUGUCAUUAUCGGUGACAGAUGUUGAUCGAGAACGAACAACACCCACCGAUAUCACUGAUAAUGAGAUACUUCAAGGUGCUGCUAUGCUCAAGGCACAACUACUAAAAGAACAAGAAGAGCUGAUUCAACAAGAAGCUCGGUACAUGGCAUCACCCCAGAGUACACCUGGUCGAUCUAGAGAAUACAACAACAGUGCGUACUUUUCUGACACGGAAGAUGAGGAUGAGCAAGACGAUUACAAUGUCUGGGGAAUAGAAAAAGCCACGCCAUCUCAUUUCUCCUUUGUUGACGUCAACAAUGAUGGAAAAUGGGCCGAAUUCUCGAAUCAGGACAAUGUUUUCACAAAGACACCUCAGGGGCACUUUAGUAGCAACGAGAGCAGGGCAUCGAAGCUUUCAUCGUCCCCCGACGCGUACAUUGAUCGACCACCAAAACGGUCGAUAAAUUUAGGAGAGAAAAAGCUGCCACAGCAAUCAAUAAUGAAUGACAUUCCAUCAAUCGAAUCACACAGAACGACCGCUUCGAAGGAACCUGGAGUGGCAGACGCAGCAUAUGCAAUGUUCAUGUCGGGAACACCAAUGUCAUCCUACGCUCCACCAAGGACAAACACCCAGACAUCUCCCUCCCGGGUAAAUACCUCCAGCACAUCCAAGCCCCAAUCUCCUCCCAAGUCGUACCCAUUGAGUCGCAACCAAUCGGCAAUCAGCGCAGCCGAAUCCGAUGCACUAGAUUUCCUGGCUAGUCAAUUCUCGACCGAGGUAGAGCCAGUGGCACCCAUUCGGAAGAAAACAGAAUCGCCGAUUAAGCCAAAACAAGCCAAGAAAGUGAAAAAGAAAGAACCGGGCUUCCCUCUGGUAGUUAAGCCAAUGCCAAUGCCCGGUGAUCUCGCCCAGAGCGUAGUAUCUCCUUUCACCAAAGAGUAUAGAUUGUUGCUAAAAGACCCAGGAUAUCUUCACGCACAAGGAGCAGGAACUCUUUGGCAAUCGCUUGUCAGUCAACACGUUAAGUUCCCAUCCAAAUGGUUUAAUGGUUCGCGUGCGCCACCAAUGGGCCUUGGGGAACGCCGAUUGUGGCAAUACAUUGGACGGCACCGGGUUGGAGGCGAUAAAGCUCUGAACCUUAUUGUCAAUAACCGAGGUGCGGCAGGAAGGAUACUCAUGCACAUUGUUGUGAAGGAAGAAUCCACGCUGGCUCCUGCACUCGACGUUGCCAUUGGAUGCUUUCAUCCGAAUGCUCGAGGAGUUCGUACCACAGCUGCAUUCGAACCGAUCCUUGAAGACUGCAGGGAUAUUUGGUUGGCAACACGUCGACGGUUUCCCGAUGACUUGGAUGUCGAAAACUCGUUGCGAUAUCAACAGGAGAAGAAUGCUACCUUGGGAGACAGCCCCCUUGGACCGAAACAUGCUGUAAACAACACGAACAUGCGGGCUAUCUUUGGGGAGAAACCUCCGUUGCAGACCAUAUUUGUAUUGGAAAGUGAACUGAAGAAAAUCCUAAUAGACCAAGUGGCCACUCAAGACAUGCCACCAUCGUUGGUCUUAUUGCAGCGCUACCUCAAACUCUUAUGA